AUGUCAACUUUGCCAAGGGUGCACGGAAGCUUCUUCACUGCUAGAGAAGCUUCUUCACUGCUAAAGGUGGAUAUGAGGAUGCACAGGUUUAAGCUUGGUUUCCUGUCACCCGUUCACACGGGACCGUAUAUGGCUGUAAUAAUGGGAAUGCUUAAGCUUACAAUAUUGAGCCAUCCGGAUCACCUUCAGCUGACCAGGCUCUCAGCACAAACAGAGCUUGUAUUGAUUUGGUUCUGGAUGUAA